AUGAAGCAGAAGUUCGAGAUGUCGUCGAUGGGUGAGAUGAAGUUUUUCCUUGGGCUUCAGUCGAAAUAUGUCUACGAUGUUCUGGAGAAAUUUGGGAUGUCAGAGACUACACCGAUGUCCACCCCGUUAGCAACUAAUCACGGUAUCAAUCCUGAUCUCACUGGAGAGAAGGUCGACGAGACGCUAUACUGUUCGAUGAUUGGUUCGCUGAUGUACCUCACUGCAUCUCGACCCGACAUAAUGUACCCGACUUGCCUCACGACCCGUUAUCAGUCGAGUCCAAGAUCUUCACACAUGGUUAUCGUCAAGAGGAUUCUACGCUACCGGAGAGGAACCCCAAGCCUGGGGUUGUGGUAUCCCAAAGACGGUGAUUUCAAACUUGAAGGUUUCUUAGACUCAGAUUUCGGAUGCUACAAGCUAAAUUCAAAGUCAACAACAGCAGGAUGCCAAUUCUUUGGACCACGUCUGGUCACUUGGAAAUGUAAGAAGCAGACCACCGUUGCACUCUCAACGUGUGAAGAAUAG